AUGCCGCUUAGGAAGAUAGAGGGGAAGGUAAGGUCAGUGGCCGGUGAGAGGGCGGAAGAUGCGAAUUCAGAGACGAAUUCAGUCCCCGUGUCUUCGCAGUCGACAAGUGAUGAGGGCAUGGUGUCCAAGAGGAGCAACACCGGCCAGGCUCGCAGCGAGAGUGUCGCCAGCCGUGGAGAGGCAAGACGCGAUGCACCGUCGGGUGGCAAGAAGCGUCGGAACGAGAGCCCCCACAACCAAGAGCGCGGGUCCAAGGCAAUGAAGCUGUUCAGUCCCUCAAGUCAGGACCUAUUUGAUUCGAUGUGGGUACCGGGGGGCCUUCAGCUGCAAAAGGGAAGGCUGGGCACCAUAACGGGCGUCAAUCGGCUCGAUGGCGGCCCGGAGAUGCCUAACAUGGUCGGUCAGUUCGUCGGGUCGAUAAGUGACUUCGUCACCGCCAACACCACAGGCCAAGGGCCCGACCAGGACGCGUUUGUCCUCGAUGAUCCCAGGCUGGCGGCAAGUCGCAGCGCGACGGGGGAAGUCGUGUCGAUACACAUACCGAUCCACCGCGAUGACAAUCCCUUCUCAGCGACAAGUGGUGGCCGGGCUGCUCGGACUCCUCAGGACGGCCCGCGGAAGUUGUUGUUAACGCACCUGAUGCAGAGGAACAAGGCGAUGAAGCCAUGGAUGUCGUCUCGGAAUUCCUCGCCAGCCCCCUCGACCCGCUCGAAUGUCCGGGGAGACAAGGUGGAUCGGGCCGCCGCCAAGGGCAAGGACAAGGUAGCCGGCGCCAUCGAUCUCACCAAGGAGAAAGAAGCCAAGGCCACUGAGGCCCAGACAGUCGAUCUGACAGUGUUAGACGACGCAACAUUAUGUGAGAUUUGUCCCAAUAUGGGGUCUCACACCACCGGUCGAUGUGGUCGGGUGACUUCGAUGGCGCAUGGGGACACGACCACGGACCCAUUUUGCAACAUCUCCGCCAGCCGCUCGCGGAAUGGUCCCGAUCAAAGCCUGCACGCCCUGCAGGGUCCCCAGAAGGGCAAAUUAAACAUUGCCUGUCCAAACCUGAGGUCUUGCUGGGAAUCAUACAACUUGAAGCAUGCUUGGCGGAAGCUGGUUGUCGAGCGGAGGAGGAUGCCUCCACUUGCAGUGUACACGGAACAUUUCUGCUUCGUGGCUAUGACGCUCGAAGUCUCGAGAGUAUACUUCAAUGGCGAGAUGCCACCAGAGAUGGAAGGAAUCUGGCCGUACACAAAGGCCGACGCGGUCAAGUUCGAGAAGGAAUGUGACAAAUUCUGGGAGACCGGCAUGGAGAACAUGCCUCGAGGAGAGCUCGAGGGUCUCACCAUGGCCGAGGUCAGACAGGCCUACGAAAACGGCAGGAUCAUGCCCCAAGUCCGGCACGAGGAGUCUGCCCAGAUGAGGAAGCGAGCUUUGGUCCCGUCAGGGCUCACGCGGAGUAUUGAUCAUGACGGUGAUCUACAGAUGGAUGACACAACCAGCUCCAGUCUGUCCAAGAGAGUCGGCCCGAGGCACCGGAUGAGAAGAGAAGACGUGUUGGAGGAUUCGGAGAUCGCUGCUGAGGCCCAGGACGAGAAGCAGUCUGUCCUUAGGAUUGGCAGGUCCUUGGAAAAGGUCCGGCGGCGCCGCUAG